AUGCUUGGUGAAUCUGACGCGAGGUUCCUGGUCGUGGCCAACUUGGGCGAUUCCCAUGUUAUGCUCGGUGAGCUGUAUGACCCGGCAAGCAGCCUGGGGACGGUGGUAAAAUCGUCUACUGAUGGAUGGGAGGGCAUAAUUACACGCAUUGAAGCCGCCGGCGGCAGUGUUGUCCAAAGACAUGGCGCAUUGAGAGUGGGUGGCCUGAACAUGUCGCGAGCGCUGGGCGAUCUCGCAUAUAAGACCCUCUCCAAGGACCAUUCGUCGAUCGGAUGUCCGGAGAGCGAUAGUAGUGAGGUACCGGACGCACCUGGGGUGCAAGAUGGUCUUCUCUCGAGCGAGCCAUUCAUCACGAGGAUGUCCCUUACAGAGCAUGGGACGUACAUCCUGGCGCCGACCUCGGGCGGAGUCACGGACCGGCUAGAGGAUACGGAGAUUCUGAAUCGGCUCUCGGAUUCCUGGUAUGCGGACCCAAGGACUCAGCGAGUGGCUCGCAUUCUGGUGUCCGAGGUGGGCCAGAGACCGGGGAGUGACAAUGCCAGCUGCAUCGCGGUUACUCUAAACGACCCAAAUGCACCCGACGAAUCCAGGCAGGAGGCACGACAGAUGCUGGACCGACUGGGGGACGAUGGGUCUCCGUCCGACCCUGACGACAGGGGCAAAUUUAUCAGCAGAGCUUCCGGAGGCUCGAAUUUCGAUCAAGGUCUUCAUGUGAAAGAUGAGGCUCGGGCGAGCCGGACGCCCACCAUAUCUAUUAAAAUGACUUCCAACCCGAACCCCGGAAACUUUGCCAACCGUCCCCACGAGGAGGUUGAGAAUAUCGCCAGCAAAGGUGGCCAGUCCAGUCAUCAGGGCGGAUUCCACAACAUGGAUCCCAGUAAGCAGCGAGACAUUGCCUCCCAGGGUGGCCAUGCUUCCAGCGGGAGCUUCGAACCUGGCGAUCCCAAGGCCAGAGAGGCUGGAAGGAAGGGCGGUUCCAAGAAUUAUCAGGGUGACCAGCCAGAGGAAUAA